AUGGCCCAAAAGGACGCCAAAGUUCAUAUAAGGGUCGCAGAGCUUUCUGCCAACAUCGCACAAGCAACUAUGCAAGAUUCCACGGCUAUGAAGGAACUCGCAACGGAAAGCAAGAAGGAUAGCUCUGCAAUGAAAAUCCUUACUAUCCUUGGCAUAUUUUUCUUACCUGGGGCUUCCAUUGCUGCAAUUUUCGCCAUGCCGACCUUUAAUUGGGAUGACGAUGGUGUCCCCACCAUUAAUUCAGGGUUCAAGUACUACUGGUCUAUUACUAUUCCGGUUACCCUCCUCGUAUUAUUUAUCUGGAUAUUGGCAAGGAUGUUGCCAACGCGGAUUCAGAGCCUUAUCACUGGGAACCGUAGGACUUUGCUGGGCGGUAAUUUUGGUGGCGGGAUGGAGCGAAAGUAA